AUGCCAAGGGAUAAUGAAGAAGAUGUACUAUUGUCCGGUCUUCAAGUGUUGUUAACAUUAAGUGUCGAGGAAUUGUUGGAUGUCCAACAUGAUGUAAAUACCCAAUUAAGAAAAAGAUUACACCAUUCUCGAAAUGCAAUGGGACAAUCUAGCAUAGAACCGAAAAUAGGGCAUGAAAGACUACUUAAGGAAACAUCAUUAAUACAUAAAGAGUUUCAUUCUAAUAAAAUACCAAUUGGUGAACCAAUCGAGAAAGAUGUCGCCGGAACUAUUGAUUUAGUUAAUGAUAAUGAACAUAUAGAAAACUCUGAAUCCGAUUUAUCUGACGACACCGAAGACCUCAUACUUACACAACUAGAAUCGAGUAAAACUUUUCGACAAGGUGGUAUACGAAACUCAAGGCAUUCUAAAAUCAAAGGCAACCAAAAUGAUAUCUCUAAAUUUGCCCCGACCGAUUCUAAAUUAGAUUUGUCAAAUACGCAAGAACCAGAUCAAUCUAAUUACUAUGAUGGCAACAAUAAAAUCUACAGUUCUCCUCUUAAAGAUUCUUUAGAUUCGUUUCGCGAUCCUGAUAAGACUGAGAUACCGUUAAUCAAGAUAGAUGAGAACGCCCAACUUAUAGAAACAGAUCCAAUUUCUAGUAAGAAAAGAGUUCAUGUAUAUUCUGAACAUGACCAACAUAACUGUUAUAAGAAAGAUUCGAACUCUAAACAAGUUAAGGUUGAAUAUCCGUAUACUCUUCCUGGGACAUGUCCAUCGAAGAUCAAUUAUUUGACUUAUAGAAAAGAAAGUAACCCUCUAACAAAACCUGUUAGGAUAAAGAAAAAAAUCGACUUUAACUUAAACCCAUUAACGUCGAAACCUUGGAUAUUAGAAGAUUUCAAACCGAAUAGAGAUGUCUCAGCUGUAAAACAAGGUAAAAAGAGAUUAGAAGAAUUUUAUAAAAAAGUUGGAAAGCCAGCAGGGUUACAAAUAGACAAUAACACUGCAGAAAACAUACUACUUGAUUCGUUUGAUAUGUCAUUUGAUAAUUUGAGACAGAGAACAGACUCCCCUCCUGGUUACGGUCGAUUAGAUUUUCCUACUACGCAAGAAAGAGAAGAAGAUAAAAUUGCUUCCAAGAAAAUAAUUUAUAAAAAAACUUUGCAAAGGUACCUUUCUUCUGUAAACUAUAGAAUACCACCUCAGGAACGUGAAUUCUUAUUUAAAAGGGAAGCAUUCAAUGAGGCAGUUAAUAACUCAAACUUCGAAUGGGACCCAACAACUCUUAAAAUAUAUCCUACAGCAUAA